CACCCAGUAACCGUUACAUCUCGUCCCCUCUCUCCAGCAACAUGACCACCUGCUUCACUUUCAGCUCACAUUCUGGAAUCUGGGUCACCGUUUCUCUCUACAAAGAUCAAAUCUUUCGCUCACAAAAAAUCGUUGCACCUCAGCUUCGUAUCUGGGUCUUCGUUAUUUUCUCUAAACUCUCUUUCUUUCUCUGUUUAUGAUGGAACCAGCAAAAAUCGACUGGAAUAGAAUUGAGUCCGUGUUUGUUGAAGAUAAAAUUUAUGAGAAUAUCAAUGCACCCAAAUGGGUUGAUUUGCUGGCUCCUGAUGAAGUUCAUGUUGAUGAUGAAGCCUGGUUUUGCAGACCUGAUUGUAAGCACCCAAAGACAGUUGAGGAUUUCUUCAAAACACCGUCAAGUUCGAAGUUUUCAAGAUCAAUUGAAAGAGUUCCAUUUGGAGAGAGGAAUCAGAGAGAUGCAAGAUUGAAGAGAAGAGGACAAAGUCAAACUUCGUUUCCAUCGAAUGAUAUGCCAACCAAAUUUGUUGAAGACUGUGAAAAUCAAAACCCAAAUUCAGCAACACCCCAAAAUCAUGUCAAGUCUUUGAAAGCUGCUAUCAAAUCAAGCAGCGAAAAGAACAAUAAACAGAUCAAUGACACUUCACAAAAUGAUGAAAUUUUGCCAAGACUUAAAGCCACACUUUCAGCAAGCAACUUAUUUGCGGGCAGAGAUAUAUUCAAUCAUAUUACUGAAUUUUGCAAUGAAAUGAAGAAACUGGCCACGAGGGCAAGGGAGAGGGAGAAUGUGGAGAAGAAGGAUCAAGAGGGUGAGAAAAUGGCCGUCCAAAAUGAGAAUUCUUCUGAGGUUUUAGGUGAGUUGGAUGGGAGAGAGAAGGAGAGGAAGCCAUUGCUUGAAGUAGUGGAUAAACAGAAAUCUGAUUCUGAGAUGGGAAGUGUUAAGGACAAGCAAAGGAGGAAGAAAAGAUUUGAUGAGUCAGAAAACAUUCCGGUCUCUUUGAAUUUGGAGAACAUGAAGAAAAAAGGAGAGGAGUGUUUGUUGCAAAUCAGAACUAAUCCCCCCUCUCCUCAAUGCUUUUCUGCCACUCGUACUGCCAUGAGAACAACCCCUUCAAAGUCUUCUGCAUACAGGUCGAUGGUGGAGAGGAGGAUCCUUCAAGAAAUGGAGCAGAACAAAGAGGCGACUAAAGAAGGAGCUGUAGAUAAAGGGAAGAGUGUUUCAAUUGUUGAGGGAAGAGAAGCAAGAGCUCUGGAUGUAUUUUGGUUCCUGAAGCCUUGCGCACUAUCUGGGUAAAUUUGAACAUAAUGCCAGUGAUACAGUCAUUCUUUAGUUUUACUCUGAAUGAAAACUUUCUACUCUUUAUUCAUCGAUUCAUUGCAUUGUAGUCUUCAUUCCUUGUUCAUUUGCCAUUUAUAAAAGAAACUGUAAUUAAGUAUGCAAUAAUUGCACCGAAAUCCAUUCAAAUUGAAUAAAAGUUGUUCGUACUUUCUCUUCA